CUAGCUAGUUGUUGAGUUCUCCCCUCCGCGGUCACCUUUUAGCGCUGGACGGUAUGCCUACCGUAGCCCGUGCACUUUGAAGCUGGGGGCGACCCACCCGGGACCACAGCUGGUUGACAUGCUGCCACGUGUUCUACAGUCUACUCCUCAGCUGGGAAACAACUUCGCCUCCGGAAAACGCCUCUGCCUCGUGCCCAGGGGCGCCGUCUGUACAGUCCUAGAGCCAGGAGCCUGCAACGUUUGAAUGCUGUAAGUGCUUGUCGGAUCGAGCACGAUACAACCGACGAUGGCCAGCACUUGUGCGGCUCCUGUCACGGGCCACGUUCUAGCCGCCGCUUCCUUUGCAGGCGCUCAGCAAUCUCAUGUGGCGGCCCGCCCAGGUCUGGUCUCCUCUUCGUUUGUGGGUCGUCCAGCCCUGCGCGUCCAGUCUCCUCUGCACACUGCUUUUGGCCCCCCUUCCAGCCCAGAUGCCGCUUGCCCGUGCGUUGGACAGUUGCAGGUGAGAGCCGCCAAGCGGAGCCGAUUCAACAACGGGGGCAGAGGGCCGGGAGGGACUGCCCAGCAAGGGCCACCACCCAUCGACUUUGGCGCCGACGACAACCCCAAGUUCAUCUUGUUUGUCAGGGCCACGGGAGGAGCGAUUCCCGAGUGGUUCCCCCUGAGCAUCAUCGAUGGGGGGACGCAAGCGCAGGGCAUGCUAUCACAAAUGAAAAGCGACUUUGGCAAAAAGAUCUUCCAGAACACGCUCACACGGAACAUCGCCGGAGCCAUCUACAAAGGCGACCCAAAAGAAGUAAUCAAAGCCGCCGUUCGGCAGUACCCCAUUCUAAAAGAGGCUAAAGGCUACGAGUUUGCCUACAAAGUUGCUGAUAAGGACAAGCCGCGAGAGUCAAUGAUGGGGGUUGGCGUUACAAGAAUUCCUCCCAAGGAGGAGCUCACGAACGUGGUGGACAAGAUCAAGGGUCUCUUCUCGAAAUCAUCUGGGACUGCGUCAAGCACCUCGAGUUGAGGAUGUCGUUUGGUGUCGCUCCUUUCAUUGAGUUUGAUGAAGUUGCAGCAGGUUGAGUGCAGCUUUAGAGAAUUUUUGCCGUGCAAAUUGGAGGAUUCACAUGUUUUGUGGCGCGCCUUGAAUGCUAGCCCAGUGACUGAACUUGGAAGAAAGAUACGACGGAAGGUUUUUGCUUUUGGUGACAAUCACUGCGUUGCUCUGACUUGGAGAAUGCGUGGUGGAGCUCGUUCACUUCGGCAUGUGCGGGUGUCUGUAAGCAUAUACAACGGCGAGGUUCAGUGGGCGGCAUCUGCAAACCUAAUUCAUCAAAAC